UGAGCUUAAAAAUCACAGUCGGGUAGACAACAACACUCGUUGUGUUGUGAUAGAUGCGAAAAGUUUAUUAUGUUUACUACUACACAUUUCCGUUCUCAAAUGACCGUGAAGUAAAUCUUUUGCUUCUUAAAUAAAACUAUUCAGGGUGACACAUCGUUCUAGUAGACGAUCUUCGGUUGAAGUGGUUGAAGUUGUCUGGGCAAGGCGAGACAGUUCACGGCAAGGAUAACAGUUGAGGAAGGACAGGAGCGACCGGACCGCCGAUGUUUGACAAACUUCACAGGUAGAUAACUCAUUUGACAGGUCGGCAGGAAAGUUUACAGGAAUAUAARUUCGCACAGGGGUCCCGGAUUCCUCCUUCUGUCCAAGGAAAAGACGAGAAGACGCGUUCAGUUGUGCCACUGAGCCAUGGUAACAACCGUUCCCCUGUUGUGCUGAGCCGCCUUGUGGACAGUCAGAGGCAUCAUGGCAGACUUGCCUAUUGCCCCCGGCGAGAUCUACAUCGAGGUGGAGUACGACUAUGAGUACAAGUCCAAGGACCGUGUCAUUACCAUCCGGGAGGGGGAAUGCUACAUGCUGGUCAAAAAAACCAACGAGGACUGGUGGCAGGUGAGGAAGGACGACGUAACUAAACCUUUUUAUGUACCUGCUCAAUAUGUCAGAGAGGUCCGCAAAGCCCUCAUGCCACCCCCCAAACCACGUGGUGUUAAAAAACCAGCUGGUGUGGAGCUGGGACCUGCCGAGAACCUCAACAGACACAAAUCCAAAUCCCGGCGUUCUCCUUCUGCACAAACUGCCCCAUUAGGCAACUUCAGCCCUCCGACUGGCCGCCAGAACAAUAACAAUYGCUCCCCCGGCAUCCCUACCGAAAGUGACCGGGCCCUGCCUGGAAUCCUCGUCCAGGAAAGCGGCCCCCAGGCUUCCCAUAAAGAGGGGUCCGGCACGCUGCCCCGAAGUCGAGCCCGCUCACCUGAGAUGGUGAGGUGUCCUCUGGACGUGGACAGCACCCAGCUCUGCGACUCAGCGGGGGAAGAGAGGCGCACCAACGAGUCCGAGUCUGGAGACGAACUGAGCAGCUCCUCCACUGAACUUCUCCAGAUAGAACUGGGCCACGGCCACUCUGGAUCCUCGGUGUACCCCAACUUCCAGGACCUGAAGAUCUCCCAGACGCACCCGCCCCCCCAGCCGUCUGACUCUCCCUUACACGUGAGCGGCGACUGGGAGACCUACAAGGACCACGGCGGCAGGYACUACUACUGCAACCGCGCCACGCAGGAGAGGACCUGGAAGCCGCCCCGCAUCAAAGACGCCAGAGAAAACCGGCACAGCACGGGGGAAAGCUCCGAGACCACUCCCCUCUCGCUUUCGCCGUCUUUCCUUCCCUUCCUGUCGCUCUCCAACGGUCGACUCCAGCCUCUGUCUUCAGAGGACGCCUGCUUCAGUACCUACUCUGACCAAUCAGCCGGUCACUAUGGGUCCACGCUGCGUGGCUGGUCGGAGGAGAUGGACGAGUACGGCCACACGCUGUACAUCAGUGACUAUACUAACGAGAAGUGGUUAAGACAUGUUGACGACCAGGGAAGACCUUAUUACUACAGUGCUGACGGCUCCAGGUCAGAAUGGGAGCUGCCCAAGUAUAAACUCUCCCCACCUCAGCUGCCUGGAGACGGGCAGAAGUGUCGCAGUCUGGACAGGAAGAACGUGGAGCCCAUCGUUUUGACCAAGUGGAGAUACAGCACCUUCGUCCAGGAGCCGAGCGAAAAGGAAGCUACUCAGGCCCCAAAGUCCCCCUCUGCUGACUCUGACUCCUGCUCUUCGUCUCCCAAGCACCCUGCCUCUCCAUCUGAAAAGUGCGGCAUCCUAAAUGUGACUAAAAUCACUGAGCAUGGCAAGAAAGUUCGGAAGAACUGGACUUCCUCGUGGACCGUCCUCCAAGGCUCAUUGCUGCUGUUUGCCAAAGGACAAGGAGGUGGGACCAGCUGGUUUGGAGGAGGUCAGUCCAAACCGGAGUUCACCGUGGAUCUGAAGGGAGGAUCAGUGGAACACGCCUCCAAAGACAAGUCCAGCAAGAAGAACGUUCUGGAGCUGAAGACUCAGCAGGGCACAGAGCUGCUCAUCCAGUCCGAUAACGACGCCACGGUCAGCGACUGGUUCAGAGCGCUGCAGGACGCCAUCGGCACGCACGCCACAGAUUCUGACGACAGCAACGGGGAGGACAAAUCCGACUCACCUGAUCCGGAGAAACACGACAAGGACAAAGACGACAAAGCCAUCAAGAAAUCUAAAUCCAUGAAGUCGGCCGCCAGCGUGGACGUGUCGGACAACAAGAAGACCAAAAAGAAGCUGAAGCACUUCCUGACCCGCCGCCCAACGCUGCAGGCUGUCAAAGACAAGGGCUACAUCAAAGAUCAGGUGUUUGGCUCCAGUCUUUCCAGUUUGUGUCAGCAGGAGAACACCACGGUGCCGAUCUUUGUGAAGAUGUGUAUCGACUACGUGGAGAGCAGCGGUCUGAGCGUCGACGGGUUGUACAGAGUGAGCGGAAACUUGGCCAUCAUACAAAAACUACGAUUCGCUGUGAACCACGAUGAGAAGGUGAACCUGGCAGACGCCAAGUGGGAGGACAUCCACGUGACCACUGGAGCUUUAAAGAUGUUCUUCAGAGAGCUGCCGGAGCCGCUCUUCACCUACGCCAUGUUCAACGACUUCGUCAGCGCCAUCAAGACUCCGGACUACAGGCAGCGAGUGUUUUCGGUCAAAGAACUGGUCAAACAGCUGCCCAAACCCAACCACGACACCAUGCAGGCUCUCUUCAAACACCUCAGGAAAGUCAUCGAGCACGGCGAGGAGAACCGGAUGACCACUCAGAGCGUGGCCAUCGUGUUCGGCCCCACGCUGCUGCGGCCCGAGCAGGAGACCUUCAACAUGGCGUUCAACAUGGUCUACCAGAACCAGAUAGUGGAGCUGAUACUGCUGGAGUACGAGAACAUUUUCAGCAGGUAGACGGGAAGGAUGAGCAGCUUUUUUUUUUUUUGUUCCAUUUUCCAAACGCAGAGCUCUUCCUGAUCUAACGCCGCCUGCUUAAAAGAAAACCCCGCCCGGCUCGGCUUCUCUUCAUCCUAACUGGACUUUACCGACCGGGACUUUGACUGUUUGCACUUUUAAGCGUCAUGUUUGCUCCUGUUUGUGCCACUUUACUGCAAAGUUUCUUCCUGUCCUGACACUGGAUUCUUCUGAACACGAGGACCAAUCAGCUGCUGCACAGAGACCGGCCUGGGCUGCCUGUGUUCCAGCCGAGGCGUCAGUAUUGGAGAUUUAUGAUGCUGAUCUGGACGACAUGUCACCGUGUAUCUUUAUAGAAUCAAACCUGGGAGAAAAAAAUCAAACCGUUAUCCUCGGACUAAAUUAAAGAUGAGCUAAAGCUAGAACAAGGCGGACGAUGUUUUUUGUCUCUUUUUUUACUGUUUUAUUUUACAUGUUUCUGUCUGUAUUUUUGUUUCUGAGAAACAAGUGGGAGGUUCUCUGAACACACGACAGCCCCGUCGCCUCUCUGUAUUACUUCACCUUCUCAGUUUGACUCRGAGAACAAAUCGUCGGGCAGCGUUUGACGUGGCAAACUUCACGAUUCUGAAAGAUUGUGGCGAGCAGGCGUUGAAACGUGUGCAGUGUUUGUGUGCGUGUGAGCAGGAGGGUGAAUGGACGUACCGACAAAAUGUUGUACAAAUAGUAAAUAYAAGUUUGUAUGCCUUGAGUGUUCAAAAUGGGACACGAGGGAGAGACGUCACUAUUUUUGUGAUUAUUGUUUAAGCAGCAGAUGUGAGGAAUAAAAUUGUGAAGUGGGGGGAUGUGGAGGUUUACAUGUGAGUCAGGCGCUGCUGGCUUUAUCAAACUGGAAUAAAUACCUCUAAUAAGAGAAUUACAAAUUGUUUUAUUUAUGCUUCAUCGUACAUUUUACGYACAUUUGCCUCAGGAAACCCAAAACUCUCUGGCCUGGGAACGCCUUGGGAUCCACCUGGAAGAGCUGCAGCGAGGUCUGGAUGACCUGAUUACAGAUCAGCUGUAGAAGAUGAAAUGUUUUUGUGUCGCGUGCAAGAAAUUAAAAAAAUAUUCUUCAGUKACAGUUUUGAUUUCUUGAACAGUCCCAGGUGUUUACCAUUUUAUCAUCUAAUAAAAACUUGUCCUCUUGUCUUCUGAAUUAAAGCAGGUUGGUCUUUU